ACAAUUUUAAUGUUAAUAAAUUAUUAUCAAUUAUGAGAUAAUAUAGUAAAAUUUGAUUAAAAUAAAAUAGAGGGUUUAUAAAAUAGUUGGGGGGGAAAAACAGCAACUGUAGUCGGAUGGGUGCUUGGUUUUCCUGUCCAUUUGCUAAAUGUAGUGAUAUUGAAACUGGCUUAGAGGCAGUCAUUGUCAAAUCCAUUAAUUUUGGAGAUGAUGAGGAGAAAACACCUGUACGAUCUGUUAGUUUCAAGGGUCGAGAUUCAGAGCCCACCAUACUGAAAUCCUUAGGUUUGGGAAGGAUGAUAUUUGAAGGAUCUGUUAGCUUUAAAGGAAGGGAAUUGGAGAGGAUGCACUCAACAAAGUCUACUUCCUCAGAUAAAGAAAACAAUGUGCAAUUUGAAGCAGUUAGCCCAAAGUGCCUGGUAAUUGAUGCUCAAUCCCCAAAAUCAGAUGGUUCAGAAGGGUCUAUCCAACAAUUGCUAGUUUUGGAUCUAAGCAAUCCAAAACAUGAGGUAGCAAUAAAAUUGCCAAAAGUGUACAAGAGUUUUCGAACAAGGAGAACGUUAGCAGAUUGUGCGGUUCUCAUUGAGCAGAGCUGGUGGAAGCUCUUGGAUUUUGCUGAACUCAAGCGGAGUUCUAUAUCAUUCUUUGACAUAGAGAAACAUGAAACUGCUGUUUCACGUUGGUCAAGAGCAAGAACCAGAGCUGCCAAGGUGGGAAAAGGUUUAUGAAAGAAUGGUAAAGCUCAGAAGCUUGCCUUGCAGCAUUUGCUUGAGGCGAUUGACCCACGACAUCGAUAUGGACAUAAUUUACACUUUUAUGAUGACAAAUGGCUUAAUUCUCGGAGUGAAGAACCCUUCUUCUACUGGUAAGUUCUUUAACCAAAAGCUUUGAGCUGGACUAGUUCAAAAUCUGAUUCCUGGAUCAAGAAACUUGAAUUGGAAAUAAAUCAAGAAGUUUACG